UGAAUACAUAUAUAGAUAUAUAAUAAAUCCAACUUCAUCUCCUUACUCUCUUCUCAACCUUUAGAAAUCUCACUGAUGUCCGGCCAACCGCCGCCGCCUCCACCGCCACCACAACCACCACCACCUCCUCCUCCUCCUCUGGAAAGAGAGAACCAAACACAAAGUUCAGAAGCUAAUCAACCUCAAGUUCCUGAAGAUGGAUAUGAAUGGAAGAAGUAUGGCCAAAAAUUUAUCAGGGGAAUAGGCCAAAAUAGGAGUUAUUUUAAGUGUAAGAACAAGAGAUGUGGUGUGAUAAAAAGGAUUGAGUGGCCUCGAUCACAUCCUGAUCGGUUGAGAGUUAUUUAUGUGGGUGGCCGUGAGCACACCCAUCCUCCUCCCUCAACCUCAAAAUCAAGAAGAAGAAGGUUCAACUUCAGUGGCAAAUCAAUACAAUCUUGCUAAUCAAAUGUUUGGUCCUUCUCAUGACUCAUCUUAGUUUGUUUUUUUUAUUUUCUAUUUUGAAUGAAUAAAAUUUAUUUUUGGAGUUAGAAGUACAUUUGCUAGCUUGAAUCUAAUAAAGAUCACUU